AGUUUCUUACAUGUUGAAAGCGCUCCUCCUUGACUAUUUCAAACUGAAUUUAUUAGUCGUUCGAUAGGCAAAUAGUUCUUUAUCGAUGAACUCGAGCGACAUCAAAUGGUGUUGACUGGUUCAACCCAUCUCUUCCUCUUGACUGCCCUCCUUCCUCCCUUCAGACUGGUUUUAGGUCACAGAACUCACCCCGCUCACCUCAUUUACUGCUCAAGCUCUUCGGCUGUCAACUUCCCAGUUCUUCAGUUCCCCGACUCCGGGCUGUGGUUCAGUCUCGCCCCGCAAGAUGUCUGAAAGGAGAAUUUCACAGGACGACGAUGGGGCUUCGAUGUUGUCCAAGCUGGGAUCGGACUCCCCCCGGCCUAGGAUGAAAUACGGUGGAAUGUUCUGCAGUGUGGAAGGAGCUUUUGAGAACAAAACACUGAACUUUGAGUCGCUCAGCCCGCUGACGCAGCGACGCAAAUCUGAGCGCACAGGAGGAGACGCUCCGAGGGGAGCAGGGCCGACUGUGGUGUACCCUUCCGGACACGCUCGGGACCAAAUCGAGGGCAAUUGUCUGAUCAUAAAAGGAGGAAAGAUAGUCAACGAUGACCAGUCGUUUUAUGCUGAUGUUUACAUCGAGGACGGAACCAUCAAACAGAUCGGGGAGAACCUGAUUGUUCCCGCAGCCGUGAAAACGGUUGACGCUUAUGGUCAGCUGGUCAUCCCGGGAGGAAUCGAUGCCAACACCAACUUGCAUGCCGCCCAGAAAGGUUUCUACCCCUGUGAUGACUUCUACCAAGGAACCAGAGCGGCACUGGCCGGUGGAACCACCAUGAUCAUGGACCACGUGCUGCCGGAACCAGGGUCUAGUCUACUGUCAGCGUUUGAGGAGUGGAGGGAGGCUGCUGACCAGGCGGCGUGUUGUGACUUCUCCUUCCAUGUUGAUGUCACGUGCUGGCACGACCGACUUCACGAGGAGUUGGAAGUUCUUGUCAAGGACAGAGGUGUUAACUCCUUCCUGUUUUUCAUGACCUACAAGGACAGAUACCAGAGCUCCGACUCCGAGCUUUAUGAGGCUUUUGGGUUCCUCAGGGAGCUGGGCGCCGUGGCCCAGGUACACGCGGAGAAUGGUGACAUUAUUGAUGAGGAACAAAAGAGGAUCCUAAGUCUUGGCAUCACCGGACCUGAAGGACAUGUCCUCUCUCACUCUGAAGAGGUGGAAGCCGAGGCAGUCUACCGAGCUGUGACUAUUGCAAAACAAACCAACUGUCCGCUUUAUGUCACCAAGGUGAUGAGCAAAUCCGCGGCAGAUGUGAUUGCCAAGGCCCGCAAAAAAGGUAUUGUGGUGUACGGGGAGCCAAUCACAGCCAGUCUGGCGGUGCACGGAUCUCACUAUUGGUCCAAAGACUGGGCUACAGCCGCUGCCCUUGUUAUGAGCCCGCCUCUCAACCCUGAUCCUUCAACUCCGCAGUACCUAAGCUCUCUCUUGGCAUGUGGUGACCUCCAGGUGACCUCCAGUGCUCAAGCUAGCUUCUCCACUGCUCAAAAGGCAGUCGGUAAAGAUGAUUUUACUCUUAUACCAGAAGGAACCAAUGGAAUUGAAGAGAGGAUGUCGGUGGUUUGGGACAGAAUUGUGUGCACCGGGAAGAUUGAUGAGAAUGACUUUGUUGCCGUGACAAGUACCAAUGCCGCAAAACUCUUCAACCUUUACCCUCGCAAAGGACGAAUUGCUGUUGGUUCUGAUGCCGACAUCGUCAUUUGGAACCCAAAAGACACCAAAACUGUUUCUGCAAAAACUCACAACCUGACCGUGGAAGUGAACGUCCUCGAGGGUUUGGAGCUUCAUGGUGUUGCCUCAGUGGUGAUAUGCGGUGGCCGAGUGGUUCUGGAGGAUGGAAAACUAAAUGUAACAGAAGGAUCAGGGCGUUUCAUUCCGAGAAAAGCCUUCCCUGACAAUGCGUACCGGAGGAUCAGAGCCCGCAGCAAGAUGGCAGAGAAUCUCAGCGUUCCUCGUGGGAUCUAUGAAGGUCCGGUCCAUGAUGUAAUGAGUAUGAUCAAAACAAUGGUGCCCACAUUGACCGCCGCAGGACCCCCUUGUUCUAUCAACCAGAAUUGCCCCCGAAACCUCCAUCAAUCAGGAUUUACUUUAGCUGGAGCUCAAGUGGAUGACCAUGUGCCCCGACGGUCUGUACAGAGGAUUGUGGCGCCACCCGGGGGACGAUCAAACAUCACAUCCCUCUCUUAAAUAUUCUUAAAUCUCAAAUAUUGUGGCUUAAAAUCAAUAUGCAUGCAAUUAGUGAACAAGAUACAUACCAACUAGUAACCCUACAUUUCCUACAUAUGACCCCCCCCCCCCAAGCAGAAAACACCCCCAACCCAAAACCCUCACAACUUAAUAUAAUUGAUGUGAUCUAUUAUAUUACUAUACAAGCGUAUGGGAAGCUAAUCAAAUGAGAAAAACCAUAGGUUUUUAACAAUAGGUACUGUAUGCGUGUGAUGUAGUAUUCUACACUUGUCAAUAGGUGUCAGUAAUGUUACAUUGAUCAGACAACAGAUCAUAUGAUCAUAUGAUUCUCCCAAUUAUUCUGUCUCAUUUUUAUUUAUUAGCGGUAAUACAGUGUAAGGCGUAUAAGGGUGUUAUUUCAUAUCUAGAGGGUUCUAAUGUUAAAAACUGUAUUUAGAAGGUCAUAAACAGGUCUAUUGCAUUUAUUGCAAUAAACAUUCAUUCAUUCAUUUUCUACUGCUGUUUCCUCACGAGGGUCGCGGGGGGUGCU